GAAAAAAGGGAGGGGGAAUGCCUACUGAAUGGCAUGGCUGGGGGAAACUUUAAACUGAUUCUGCCAAAUCUUCGUUCAACGAUGCGAUGCUGACCAGGACUGAGCAGAUUCCCAUUGGGUCGGUGCUGAAUUUGAACAGGCAGAGAAACACUGGAUAGAUUAAACAUCGCGCUUUUGAUGGAGACGUCUGGAGACUGCAACACCCCAUAUGUUAGAGUGACUUCAAGGAACCGUAAACCACUGCAGAAUCCCAAGCCACAAGUGGGGAAAAAACGCUUGUCUCAGGCACGCCACAGAGCUACUCUGGCUGGACUCUUCAGCAACCUACAAGAAGUUGUAUAUUCUCAGCAAGAUAGUUCUGCAUCAAAGUGUCAGGUUUUAUAUAAGACUAAGAAUUAUAUUCUGGAACUGGAACAAACCUUGGAAAACUUGCUGAAGAUGAAAGACGUUUUGAAUCUGGAAGAUGGCAGUCCCUCAAGCUUGGAGGAAGUAAAAGAGGAAUAUGUCAAGAUGUACUUUAGCAAUUGCAGCAUAGCGCCCCCUUCAAAUGCUAUGAUUCAGAGUGACACCACUGUAUGCUCUGUGAUUCAAGAGCAUGAGAAGAACUCAAUAGAAGAGGAUGUAAAUCUAAAAAUUACACAGUCACCAACCAUCUCCUCUCCUGAUCUUAUGGAGUUUGAACGAUACUUGUAUUUUUACAAAGAGACGGUAGACCUGCUGGUAGAUAAAGGGGUUGUGAGCCCUGAAGAGGUUAUGCUGCCUGUGGUCUCCAUGGCUGUUUCCCACUUGUGGCAGGGUCUCCCUGAAGAAAGGAGGGACAGCGCCCUGCAGUACUGCUGUAGUCAGAGAAAUAAUUUCCUCUCUGAGUUCAGGAGAGCAUCCCAAGAACUUGCCUGGACUUCUGAGGGCAGUGUGAGAGACAGCGUGACCAAUAGUCAGGAAGCCAGCGGUUCAGUAUUAUCCACAUCCGAGGAGAUUCUCUUUGAAGAUGCAUUUGAUGUGGCAACUAGCUUCCUUGACAGAAACGAAACUCAAGAAAUGUCCAGUCAAAGCUCAGCUUUCACAGGAUGUGUUUCAGAAAGCCAAGAGGAUAACCAUCAACUCUACCUGCAGAUCACCAACUUCUUGAAAAGCCUGUUUUUUGGUAGCAUGCAGCCGCCACAGGAAGAAGUACUCCAGUUAGAUUAUGAGACCGUGAUGCUGAGAUGCACAGAGACAUUUGAUGAUGAAGAUUUGUAAAUUAAAAUAUUUCAUUAAGUGGAAAAACUGUAAUUGUUGCUUAAUGGUAUUUGUUUCUCCCACCUUUCCCAGCACCAUCAGCAGAGGGGAGAGGAGAUACUGCACCAAUUCCUACUGCAUGCAUCAUGUUUAAAAUAGUUUUGUUAAUGUUGACUUCAAAGUUUUUAAUCAGUUAAAUUAUUUGUACUUUUACAUGCAUUACAACUUGAUAUUUAUAAAGUUUUUAAAAUGUACACCUGCUGUUUGAUGCUGAUUAUGGUAAA